GGCCCAAGGCACUUCAAAGGCAAAAUAAAUCGCAACUGCUGCGUAACUGCGUUUUACAAUUUCUGCCGUAAAAACGUUGCAAAAUAUUUGUAAAAAUAUAAGGAAGUAAAGAAGGAGCUAUACAACUACGCGAAACUACGUGAACGCAGCGAAGAACCCAAGCGCAGCGCGGCUCAAGCCAAAAGGCAUUUAAAAUGGCUGACGAGUAUAUGCCAGAUGUCAGCUUGAUGGACACAAUUGUGCCCGCCAUACUGGGCCUCACCGCAGCCGCAGUGCUCUCGACUGUGGCUUGCAUCUGUGCCCGGCAGAUGCGCAUACGGAACAAGAAGCAGAACCAGCACGAUGCGUCGUUCCCGUUCCAGCCGACGCGCCGUCCGACCGCAGUUCGUUCGCCGAGUGGCCAGCCGCCGCACUAUCUGAAGAAGUCGCCAUCGCCCACUGGGGGCAAGCAAAUGGGCCUGCUCUCGCCCAUGCAGGAUCAGUCGACGUCGCCGAUAGCACCGCAGAACAUGAAGUACGCCGAGGAGGACGAGGUGUCGCAGCAGGCGCAGCUGGCCCAACAGCAGCAUCACUCUAACAAGCUGAAUGUGGUCGACAAUGCCAAGCACCACAAUCAGCACCACUCGCCGGUGGAGACCAUUGCCAAUGGCAAUGUGACCAUCACCUUGGACGAGACACUAACCAAUGGCAAGGAGCUGACCGUCACUGAUCAGUACGGAAAGCUUGGCACCAUUUACUUCAAGCUGCGCUACCUGGCUGAACGGAACGCUCUCAUGGUCUCCAUCAUACGCUGCCGCGGGCUGCCCUGCAAGGGUGGUGCUGGCGGCACUGGCGAUAUACCCACUGGCAUGAAUGGACGCACCCAGGCAGCCACCGAUCCGUAUGUGAAGCUGCAGCUGCUGCCGGACAAGCAGCACAAGGUUAAGACUCGCGUGGUGCGCAACACCCGGAAUCCGGUUUACGACGAGGACUUCACAUUCUACGGCUUGAACAUGAACGAUCUGCAAAACAUGAGCCUGCACUUUGUCAUACUCAGCUUCGAUCGGUACUCGCGCGACGAUGUCAUCGGCGAGGUAGUCUGCCCAUUGUCCUCCAUCGAGAUCGGCGACAUAUCCAAAGAAGCGCUCUCCAUCAGCAAGGAAAUACAGCCACGCAGCCUGAAGAUACGCGCCCAGGGACGUGGCGAGCUGCUCAUCUCGCUCUGCUGGCAGCCGGCCGCCGGACGCCUGACCGUCGUCUUGUUGAAGGCCCGCAAUUUGCCUCGCAUGGAUGUAACCGGCCUUGCUGAUCCCUACGUCAAGAUCUACUUGCUCUACAAUGGCCAGCGCAUAGCCAAGAAGAAGACCCAUGUCAAGAAACGCACGCUCAGUCCGGUCUUUAAUGAGAGCUUUGCUUUUGAUAUUCCAGCUGCAGAGGGCACUGGCGCCACAUUGGAGGGCGUCUCACUGGAGCUGAUGCUACUCGACUGGGAUCGCGUGACCAAGAAUGAGGUUAUUGGACGCCUAGAGCUGGGUGGACCCAAUUCGAGCAGCACCGCUUUGAACCACUGGAAUGAAGUUUGCAAUUCGCCACGUCGCCAAAUUGCCGAAUGGCACAAAUUGAACGAGUGAAACGCUAGAGCUGUAUCAAUUUUUAGGGGCAGCGACCUGGCGCUGGCGCCGCCUACCCAACCACAAAACAACAACAACAACAACAACUUGCAAAAACAAAAAGAAAACAGACAAACAACAUAUACAAAAUAUUAAGUUUUUAAAUUAAGUUCAAGAUUUUACAAUGUUUUCUUUCGACUUAUGCUCAAUGAUUUUUAUUUAUUUUUUAUGAUAAACCAAAGUUUAAGCAAAAAGUAAUAUACCAGAAGAAAAAAAGAAAAAAAAUGAGAAAAACUUAAGUAUAUUAAAUGUAUUAGAAAAUGUUUAGUGUGUAACAACAAUGCGUGUAAAUGUAAGAUAAUUAAUUAAAAACUUUACAUACUCCUACAUAUAUAAUGAAAGAUAAAACAGGUACCACUACGAAUAGAAAUAAAAACACUUCAAUUUGUUGCUGUAUAGAGAUGAUUUAUCAAAUUUACGACUCAAGCAAAAUGCAAGUUCUAUAAGAGAAGAAAAUUCUUUUUAGCUUUCGCUUUUCAUUUGCACAUGGAAAAAUCGUUUUACCUGAACAAAUAUUGUUUGUAGCCCAUUCAUUAUAACUCUGCCCACCAUAAAUACUUUUGGUAUUUGUUUAAAAUGUAUUUAUAUUGUAUUUAAAAUGUAAUCUUUAUAUCUUAGGCAUAUGUUGAUUUCUUCUUUAUCACAAAGCAAAAAUAAAACACACAUAUAGACAAAAAAAAAAAAAAAAAUUAUAAUAAUACCAAUACUUGAAUAGUUCUUAAUAAAAAGAAACUUUUCACAAUGUGUCCGAAGUGAGAAAUCGCUUACUGCUUAUCACUUAUAAAUAUAUAAAUAAAUUAACGAAAAAUAUAAAUAAUGCAAAAGAACUCGAAAUGAAAAAUGAAACUUGAAGGAACACGCAGCAAAUUGCUUAGGCACCAAAAAGCUACAAAAUCAUACACAAAAAGAACGAAACAAGUCAAAACCCAAGAAACCAAACAACACAAUAGAAUAGUACUUAUAAGAAAUGUAGAAACCACAAUUAACAACUAAUUGUACGAUGUAGAGUUACGAGAUAUCACAUAUGAAAUACAAUACAUAGAAUGGAUAGCUCAAACUGAAUCCAGAACCUAAUAGGCAUUACUUAAAGCUAACGCCACUCUAUGAUAUAUACAAGCAUAACUAAGCAAAGCUUACGACGCAGAGUUGAAUCCAUUAUUCAAAUGAUAUUGCCAGCGGCUACUCCACCCGACAUUUUGUAAAAUGUAAAAGUGCGAGAAGGUAAAAUCCAAAAAUAAAAGAAAGCAAACAAAAAUAAAAGUAGCGUACCCCCGAAGAGAAUAAAUCAAUUUGAGUCCACAAUCAAACUUCAAUUCGUCUAGAGCGCAUACAAUAAUUUAAAAAAUAAAAACAGAUUUUCAUAUACAUAGAUGUAUAACUAUAUAAAUA